UCUAUCUCUCUCUCUCUCUCUCUCUCUCUCUCUCUCUCUCUCUCUCUGUGUCUUUCCUUUUCUCACAAGCACAAUCACAAUCACUCCGGCGCCGUCUGCUAGAGUCUAGAUUGAAUAUGGAAUUACCUCCUGAUAAUCUGUUACCAUCAUCACUCACAUACUCUGCCCAAUGGCUCACCAUUCUCCUUCUAGUGACCCUUUGGAUGAAAUUCUUCAAAAGAUCUCCACCACAGCCUCCAAUGGCAAUUGAUGGUCAUGAGCCGCUUGCAAAGAGGAAGAGAGCUCUGCUACUGUUGGCUCUCAAGACAUCGCUCAGAUUCGCCGUUUCCAACGUCGUUCUCGUCCUCACCAUCAACAAUCUUUGUAUUUGGGCUGGCUAUCUGAUUCCUCUGGUUGACAAGAUGUUCUACAUUUUGAUUUCCAAGAUUGUGUUUGAAUACCAUCUUCUGCUAAACAGACAUGGUUGUUAUACUUAUGGGGAGCUUCCGGUUACCUCUAUGCUUUUGUCUUUCCCAUACCAGAUGCUCUUGAGCGUCUUUUACCGUCUUUGUUUGCCUCCAUUGGCGUAUAAUUGGUAUGCCUUGAAUAUGGUUGCCAAUGUUCGCCAUUUUCAUUUAGCCAUUCACCUUGAAUUUACUUUUUUGCUUUUUUGGGCUGUAUUGUAAUUUUUCCAUGAACUAAUUCUGUUUUAUCGUUAAUGCACUUUAUAAACUAGUUAAUAUUUGCUUUCAAAUUAA